ACCUGAACCGCCACGCUACAAUGGAUUCCUCAGAGUUGUACCAUGUCAAACAGCAGUUCAUCCUUGGCGCAUACAAGUCGCUAGUAAACCUCACGCUACCCGACCCCGGCUCUCCGGACUACACACCGAUUCUCGUAUACCAGGCUCGUGCACACAUCGCGCUCAACGAGCCCGAGGCGGUCUCACAGGUAGUCCCAGAGGAUACGGAGAAUGUUGCGCUAAAGGCGGUAUCCGCCCUCGCUCGCUACGUCGUGGCCUCAUCAGCAGACAAGAAGGACACGUCGCUCGAGGAGCUCCGGGAUCUCUGCAUCGAGAUUGAGGGCGAGGACGUUGAUGCGGAUGAGAAUGAGAAGGGCAUGGUGCGGGUGCUUGCUGGGACUGCCUUUGCGCUAGCUGGCGAAGUUGAGGAGGCUUUGGAGACUCUCGGCGCGGGGACGAGUACUCAGAACCUCGAGGCUGUCGCUUUCACAGUUCAAAUAUACCUGUCAAUCAAUCGUCCUGACCUUGCACGCAAGGAGUUCGAUCAGGCCAAGCGAUGGUCGGAGGACGACCUGCUCUUGCAACUCAUCGAAUCAUCCAUCGGCCUCGUCACUGGCAAGGAUGGUUAUUCCGACUGCAAUUCUUUCUACACCGAGCAGCUUGGAAAUCCCUCGCUCUCUUCUGCACAUCUGCUCACCGCGCGCGGGGUCACGCGCCUGCUACGCGGUGAGGUUCCAGCAGCAAAGUGCGACUUUGAGGAGGCCGUAUCACAGUUGGGCGGCAAGCCUGAUGCGGAGACGCUCGCUGCGAUGACCGUCGCGGCGGGCUUGGGUACCUCGAAGCAUGCGGAAGCGGACCAGCUAUUCAGUCAACUGCAGAGCCAAUAUCCGAGCUAUCCGAUGGUACUCGACGUCGACCGUAAGGCAGAUUUGUUUGACGAGCUGUGCGCAAAAUUCGAUGUGCCACCGCUGGCGGUCGCCACAGCGUGAUGUAGAUUGUGUUGGUGCAUUCGGACCAAUGGACAUUCCGAUUAUUUAAAUUUCAAGCCUUGUCAAAGCUGCGAUUGAGUGAGCGGGCGGACAUAGAUCGAUUGCGAUGAGAGGACUCGAAU